AUGAUACGCAACUAUGCUACACCAUAUGAAUUUGACAUCGAGCUGAACGGUGAAUUCAGCCCCGGCGGACGCGGUGGUACUCCGUUCGGUGCAUUCCCGAUGCAGUGGCCAACACCAAUCGGCACGUCCAUGGUCGAAAUCAUGAUCAGCGACUUCACAAUCAAUUCUCUGCUAUAUUGGAUGCACAAGCGCGACUUUCUGUCAUUCCGGAUAGGACCACAGACACCUGGCAUUGGACAGCUGCUAACAACGACCUGUGACAGCGGCGGAGACUACUCCGGGGCAGCCGCUGGUGGCUUGUCGAGUCUUGGCGAUUUGGCAGAUCUCGGAGUUUGUCUCGGAGACAUAAUGCCUGCUGUGAAAGAGAAAUACCCGAACCGGACACUGGCUAUUGUUGUUCAUACAGCACAAGCGCCUUCCAUUAUGCUCAGUGGGCGCGGUGGCGGAGGUGUGCAGAUUGAUCUAGUAGCAUUUGCCGAUAUUUAUAUCGAGGGCACAAAUAUACGUGUGGGCACGAUAACAAUAACAGUCAUGGCCGACGUGGCGCUUCAGGUGUUCGGUAAUCGAAUCGUUGGGAAUGCAACGCUACCCGUACUGAGACUUGCCGAUCGAGAUAGUACCCUUGGCUUGGGACAGGAUGCAAUGGACAACUUAGCGAAUCUCGCCAAGGAUAUGGUCGUCAAGGCUGCCAAUCAACAGCUCAACAAAGGCAUGACGCUAUCACUGCCUACGUCAAAUCUGCCAGUGAAUAUCAUCAAUCCACAAAUCAGGAUACUCAAUCAUGCCAUUUUCAUUGGCUCCGAUUUCACGAUAGCGCCCUCGGCGCUACAGAUGUUAUCCUAA